UACCGACAGAAUAUAAGUAAUAAUCACAAUCACUGUUACUUGCCUCCUAUACACAAGGAAACUUUUAUUUAUAACAAAGAUAAACGAAACUGUUGUCAUGGAUACAGUUUAUCAACAAUACUUAUAAUAGCUUCUUACAUAUUAUUACUACAUAUUUUAUUGUGUUUUUAAUAAUAUAAACAAUGGAUUGGAGUAAUGAUCAUGAAACCAAUACAAAAAAAAAUUAUUUACAGCAAUUCAUUCCACGGCUUGGCAGAAGAGCUGGCCAUAACGCAACACCAGAAGAACCUAAAUUUGAUGAGGAUACUGACAGUCCUGUUUUAGCCAUACCAUCUGCGACGUCUGUAAGAACUGCACCAGUAGCACCGCCACGUACACGAAAAACUGGAUGGAGUGAUGAAUCAAAAUCCAACAAGAGUAAGCCAGUGAAUAUAUUUGAUCAGGAGAAAUUAUCCAGAGACAAUAACAAUGAAAUUGACGAUAUUCCUGUGAUUCCGGAUAUUGAAGAAAUCCAAGAUGAAAAUAUUUCUAAUAUAUCAAAUGCUCCAUCCGUUGGAAUAAAUAGAGUUACUGCCUACAAAGAGCUGGACUCGGAUCUCUUGAAAAACGCAACAUUCGCAUUGUUAGACAAUGUUAAUUUGUCUAUUCUUACGGAAAAAUUAUAUCCUGAAAAAUUAAUUAAGGAAACUGAUGACGUGUGGAAUUGGGAAUAUUUAUUCUCUCAGAUAUCUUCGGAGCUCAACAAUGAAGAACAAAAAAUAAUUAUGGAAGCUUGAUAAUUUAAAACUAAAUUUUUAACAACAUAAUAUUAAUAACUAUCUAACAAAAUUUUUAUAUCAUAUAAACUCAAUUAAGAGUUUAAAUUAUCUUUACAAUACUUUUAUUUUUAGUUAAGUAAUAAAUAAUUUUAAAAAG